UGUAAAAUUUGGUUUUCUUUGUCAAUUCUUGAAAUAACAAGAUGAGCACCUCCUCAAACGAAGCUAUGCAACAGGUUAAUAGAGUAAGCCGACGUGCAGGCAGCUUUCCAGGAUGGGUGGAUUGCUUUCUAAAAAAUAAAUUUUUCGACAAAUGUUCGAUCCAUAAUUUGCAAAAGAAUGACCUCAACCGGUACUGCAUCACUUGCAACGCAUCAACUUGUAGGUACUGUGUCGCCACCAGUCAUCACAAUGACCACAAGAUACUCACAAUUUAUAGGCAUGUCUACCAAGACGUUGUUCCUCUUAGCGAGAUGGAGAAUCAUAUUGAUUGCGCAAAAAUUCAGCCUUAUAAAUGUAAUAAGAAGUGGGUUGUAUCUUUGACUCCUCUGCCACACAAUGGCUCCGGUUCACUGAUUGAAGGGGAUGGAGCUUGCAAUGUUUGUAAAAGAAAGCUAACCGAUCCUGACCGCUUUCGCUUUUGUUCCAUUGCAUGCAAGGUUCAAGCGAUUUCAGGAAAGAGGAGUUUGAUUCGACGUCCGGAACCGGAAGUGGGGACAUCGGAAAGGAGGGAGCGCGGUGAGCAGGCGGAGAAUCAGAGAGGUCGCAAGCGCAGCAGGAAAGGAGUGCCUCAUAGGGCUCCUUUAUUCUAAUCCUGCAUGCUUUGUUCUAUGCUUUGUGUGAAACUUUUAUGACUAUUUGUGUUUCUAUCACUUUCUUUGUGCUUUAGUCUUAUGAAGAGCAAUGUGCCUUCUUGGUUUGUAUGCUAAGACCUAAAAGUAACAUUGAGUGAUGGAUUGAAAGGGGAAAUUGCAUUUUCGUUUCCUAG